AUGCCAUCUCCCCCGGCGCCGCCUACUUCUCCUGCCCCAUCUAUAUUCGCUGGCGGCGUUGAGUCUGAUUGUUGCGCUGUUUCAGGGCCUGGAAGGCCUGUGGAUGUAGAUGUUGAGAAUUCCGGCCCAGAGGUUGUUUCUGUUGAUGUAAGCAUCGAUGUGCUGCUACUACCAUCUGAUGACAUUACAUCGGAUGAAGAUAUUGAACUUGGCGAUGUCCCCUCAGAAGGUAGUGGUGAUGUGCUACUUGAGCUAGAUAAAGUAGUCGUUGUCGGAGGCUCACCCGUUGUCACAGUCGUCUGUGAGACACUGCCUGUGUCUGAGGAGCCACUUGGUCCUGAACUCGGCGGUGAAGUUAAAGAAGACGUUGAGCCGCUAGAAUUUAUGGUACUGCUGGUGAUUGAUACAGUCGACUCGGUGCCAGGCACUGUGCUGGAUGAGGUUGGUACUGUCGACGUCGAUCCAAUUGUUGACGUGCUAGAUGGCAGUGUCUGCGUGUAUGACCCUGUCGGACUCGGAGAAGUAUCGCAGAUUGUGGUUGUUAUAGUGAUAGUGGCUGUUGCAUUGGGUGCAAUAGUGACCGAGGUGAAAAUCGUUAUGAAUAUCGUGCUUGUCACUGUAGGUGUGGAGGUCACGCUUAUUGUCGUUGUGGAUUGCGUCGUUUCAGACGUGAACCAAGUUGAAGGGAUCACGAAUGCCCCAGCUCUCUUGAAAGCGUAUCCUACUGAAGAAGCGGAGAGAGGACCCAAAGGCAAAUUUCCGCCAGUAGUUCGAGCAGAGCCCUCGGUGGCGCAUAAAGGCUGGUUACGUUUGAUGGUCGCAAAACAGGAUGUGACUGUCGUGUUCAAUGUAAGUGUUUCGUUUUCUGGGCUGAUGAAAGUCAUGGUCUCCGUAACGGUCGACGAGAAGAUCUCAGUGACCGUGGGCCUAAUGACAGUCGUUGUUUGUGUUAUGUUCAUUCCAGGAACACUAAUGGUGGGACUGCGUCUGUUAGGGAUGAUCUAA